AUGGUGGAUGUGGACGCUCGAGAAAGCGCCCAACAAGCUAAUCCGGGGCCGGUCGAGUCACUUCUUCGCCAAUCGACUACAGCCACUCAUCGAGCGGUGAAUGCGAUCCGAUCGGCAGAAGCUGCAAAGGCGAAUCUUCGUGAUGACAUCAACUCGCUGACGACGUCGUUUGAUAAAGCAAUUCAGAAGAGUCUGGCUCUCAUUGAUCGACUGGAUGAAUCAGUAUAUUCUGGAAGAAUUGACAAUGCUCAAAAGAGGGCAAAAAUAGAGAAAGAAGCCCAAGCAUUGAUCGACAAGGCUCACUCUAAUCCAGCUGAAAACAGCGAUCUACGCUUGUUCGAGCGGACUGUGGAUGUGUUGAAAGAUUCUGCCAUUGGGCUGCAUCGUGAAUAUUUCGACUACGAUGAAACUGUAGAUGCCAACGAUAUCCUGGCUCAGAAACGAGCAAAUCUAAAAUAUUUUUUGUUUCAUGUUCUGGAGUACACAUAUCGCACUAAUGCACUACAGAAAUCUGUCAAAGACAAGGAGCAGAAAAUGAAACAGGGAAGAAUGGAAACGCAGCAGUUAAGAAGUCAGAGAGAAGGGGAUGCACAAAGGAAUUCUACCUUCACGUGGGUUCCUCACUGUCUUUUGGAAGAUAUCCUGAACGAAUUAUCGGUGGCCUUACGAGAAUUUCAAGAUUCUGAUGCGGCUAUCAAAACGCUUGCUUCUAAUGUCGAAAAGAUUGUUGAUGAGAUGAAGGAUAAACUAGCUCGAGGGGUUUAUGGAGAAACAGCGCGAAGAAAUCCAACCGACGAAGCGACGUUUGGAACGCGUAGAUCCACUGUUGCAGCGACAACAUCAGGAUAUACUUUAUAA